AUGUCUUCAUAUUGUUGUAUUGCUGGCACAUCUAAUACACUAUCAACUCCUUCCAUACCACAACAAUCUGCACCACGGACAAUUUCUUCAGUUAUAACAAAGAAAACAACCGGAGAACAACUAUGUCAGGUUUGUCUUGAUGCUGUUUCAAACGGAUCGCAUUUUGGAGCAAAAACAUGCGCUGCAUGUGCUGCAUUUUUCAGACGAACAGUUAGCGACGAAAAGAGCUACAUUUGCGAGCGAUCACAGCGUUGUUAUGUAAAGUUAAAUUACGGUAUGUACGAUGAGAAUGAUGCCACUGGCUAUCGAAAGAUAUGCCGUAGUUGUCGCAUGAAACGAUGUCUUCAUAUUGUUGUAUUGCUGGCACAUCUAAUACACUAUGAACUCCUUCCAUACCACAACAAUCUGCACCACGGACAAUUUCUUCAGUUAUAA